CCCAGCUAGAAUAUGCUACGUUAAUGGUAAAAUAAAAAUAUGCAGGGCUUUGGUGUCACACAUUACCUCACCUGCGAUAUUAAUUGCGAUUCAGAGAGAAAUAUUUUAGACUUAAAAUGUCAUAUAGUUCCAUUAAAGAGCAAUGAAACCGUAUAGAGUUUCUGAUGUGGCUGCUGAUGAACCCGCUCCAGAGGACAGCAUCAGGGGAAACAUGUCAGGACAUGUCUGUAUGUCUGUCCCCAAAAUCAGCGCAUAGUGCAAACGUGCCAGUGGCCUGAGAACUACUUGAUUCACAAGAAGGACUGGACUGAAUCUACUCCAAACACACAGGAUACUGCUUUAGACAAACAAAUGAUUGCCGAGAGUUCGCCUUGCUACAAUAUAUAGCAUGGAUUGCUCAGGAGACGAGUUUUAUCACAGCGGACUAUGUCACAAGUGUCCACAGUGUCCACCCGGUCAAGAGCUUAAAGAGGACUGUGGUUAUGGUGUAGGUGUGUCUGCAGUCUGCGGUGUGUGUGAAGUUCGCUGGUUCAAGGAAAACCGAGGUUCUCACCCUUGUGCAAUGUGCCAGAACUGCCGUUGGCUCAACAGAUUCCAAGUCAAACGCUGCACACACACCGACAAUGCAGUGUGUGGAAACUGCCUCCCUAGCUUUUACAGCAAAAUGCGAUUGGAUGGAUUAGAAGAUUUGGAAUGCCUUCCAUGUGGCCCCACCCCCUUCAGAAAUGUACAAUGUAGCAGAAGUGAAGUGUCUGGUGUGGCUAAAGUCCAGACCUCAGCAGCGCCUAUCCAAAAUGCUAAUGCUUUAGUGACUGCUUGUGCGGCAACCGCUGUCUUAACAACCUUCCUGUUUGUCAUUGUGUGUGUCUUUUACCAGACACACUCCCCACUCAGGAAAACAUGCAAACGGUUUCUAUUACCGGUCAGUAACAGUCACCAUGACAUUGAUGCAGCCUCCAUUCCCAUGACAACAGUACACACUGUGAUGCAAUACACUGAUGUGAACAAAUCAGGUUCUUGUCUGCCUUUGGAAGAUCCCUGCACACUGGAUGACAUAACAGAAACGAUGACCUGUGAUUCUUGCAUGCAUGAGUGUGAGGCUCUUCCUCUGGUGCGGUGCUCAGUCUGCACUGUUCUUGCAACUGGAGUCAUCUCGCAGGCAACAGAAACAUCCGAUCCUUCUUCAUCAGAUGCCGACCUCUCCUGCCAGCAUGUAAUUCUCACUUUGGUGGGAGGAGUGUCUACAGUGGGGUCCUGCUGUGCCGUGGAGCAGCAGACAGGCUGGGGGCUGCAUGCUCCAGUAGAGUGCACCGAACUGGACCUUCAACACCUCUCAACAAAUAACCCACCAUGUCUGGGCUUAGACUCCACUCUGCACUCAGGAGUCAAUAUAAGCUUACUUCCAGUAUUCUUGGUUAAUGCCCUGGAAAAGGACUUCUUUUCUUCCUGGAGUUUAAAACAACCAGCAACAGGCAGUGUACCUUAAUAAUCCAGGACUUUUUCUGCAUGGUUGCAUGGCUUUGAACAUGUUUACUGCUUUCCAUCUUCCUACAUGUUGUCAAGUGGACCACACCAGACCUACUAUAAAAGCCUCCAUCAACUCUAAAGACUGGACUUGAUUUUGCUAAUCACUGGAUUUGUGGCUCACACUGCUUCAUAUUACUGUUUGCUCUGCUGUCUCAGCAAACACCUCUCAGUAUCCUAGCAGUACCCGAGUUAGUGUUUUCUCUGACUUUGUUAGCCAGUUUUAGAAUGGUGGGUAGUAGAACGCUGCCAAAACCAACCCAGUCUUCUUAAGACAAUUUCAUGUUGCAUUAUAACAUGAUGAUUAAUUAGUAAAUUAAUUAACUGUACAUUAUACAAUGGUUAGAACUGAAUCACUGCUGUGCUGAUAUUCAGUACAACAGCACUCUUGUCAAUAUGAUAUUACUUAAUUAGAAAACCUUCUUGGGUGUAGUGACAUGAACACAGAAUGUCAGCCUUUUGAUAAAAAUUAUGCUGGGGCAUGGAAUUGUGAUGAAUGAAAUGCAAAUGAAAGCAAAAUUUACUUAAAAAAACAAAAAGUCUGAUCAAGUCACAACCUGCAAAAUUGUGAUAUUGCUUUCAUCUUCCUUGUGCCUGUUUCCUAUAUUUGUAAGCAAGCCUCAAACAUAUCACCCUGAAACACUAGUGUUAAAUUUAAAGAAUCAUGUAAUAUUUUGUAAGGAUCAGAUGAAGUUAAAUACUGUGUCUGAUGAGCACAUCAUAGCAUCUCCAAACUACUAACUUCAGCAAACGUAUGCUUAACCUUAUGACAGUUUGCGCUGUUUUUGAACAAAUCCUAAUCAGAUUUUCCAACUCUGUUUUUAGCUUUUAAUUUAGUAGUAGUGCAAAAGUCCAGCUAAAUACUUUUGGGAAUGUGAUGCAGGAUCUGUGCAUGCCGUCCAAUUUUAUAAACACAGAAGAUUUAUUUGAGGUCUCUGAGAUUUAAUUUUUUUACAGGCUUCGAGUUUAAUAAAAGUUACGCAAUCCAGUUGAUAUGCAAAGAUGACGCACAAAGACAUGAACAUACAGUAAAUUAACUGAACAAGACAUUAUGUUUUUGAUAUUCUUAACAACAUAAUUUAAUCUUAUAAAACCAGUAAAAUUAAAGCAUGUGCAAACACAAACUUGUCUUAAAACACAAUCUUCUUCAAAGUAGUUUGCAGUUAACAGCCUGAGGCUGCUGUUAACACUUGAAGAUCUAUUGUUGAUACAGUAGUAAUUAAGAUAUCAAGUAAAACUGUGUGGGCUGAAGUCAGCACUCCUUUACACACAUCCCUGCUAAAAGUAAAGAAGAGGAAAAAAACUGCUAAAACCAUCCUAAGAUGUAAGGAGACCAGCUUAUCUCCCAACAUGACCCAAAACCCCUCUAAAACCAGCCAACUCACCAGGCUGGGAGACCUGAUAAAACCAGCCUAUCAGUUUAUUUAUUUAUUUUUAACAGCAAGGUGUGUAGUUGGUGGACAGAUGCAAGUGGGUUAACACAGAUGGCACAAAAAUCUGUAUGCAGUAUUUAUCUGCUCUGUUGCUGUGGUCCAAAUAGUUUUUUGAACCCAAUGCAGGGCCUUCCGCGUGGCAGCAUCAACCAUCAUUAGAAGGAGUUUUGUUAAUUACAAAAUGAGCUUACACCAGCUCACUCUAAAGAGCCAUCCAAAAAAGACUAUUAAAAAGGGCAUUAACAGGAUAUUUUCCAGAAGUAAUUCUGUGAAACAAUCUCAUUAUUCACUUC